ACAAACUCAGUUGCUUGAGUGCAAGUGUUCAGAAGUGCAUGGGAUGUCACAGAGCCCGGGCUCCUUCAGGAUUCAGCACUUCUCUCCACCAUGAUCAACACUUACCAGACCAGUGUCGCUGCACCGCCGGUGCCUCCACGCCUCAGCCGGUCCCAACAGGUCCUCUUCCCAGUUCCAUCACAAGGCCACAGCAAGUCUCUCAUCAGGUUCCUGGUCGGUGUAGUGGUGCUGCACUUAUUCCUUUCAGUCGGAGGAUUCAUCUACCUGAGGCAAAAUGACACAAUGCAUCAAUCCCAGCUCCCAUCAGGUGAAGGAAAAGGUGCCUAUCGCUCAUCAGGAAAGCAGGAAACAUCAAACAGAGCCCUGGCCCGCAUGGUAGUCAAGCAGCAAGAUAAGAAGCAAGUUCUGAAACGAGUCAAAGGAUCGGGUUAUCUCCAGUGGGACAUGGACCACUCAGUUUUAAAGAGCGUCAGUUACUACCACGACAUGUGGUUGACCAUCGAGCAGCCUGGCGACUACUACGUCUACUCCAGGGUGACCUUCUCCAAGGGCGACACCACAAGGCCGCUGGUCAGCAUGGUGAAGCUGAGGGAGAGUGAGAAGAAAGAGGAGAAGAUAGUGAUGCAGGCGUACUGCAACCUGAACAUCAGCACACAGCAGCUGUGCACGGCCACACAGGGAGGGCUGGUCACACUGGAGAAAGGGGACCAGCUCAGUGUCUGGUUACAAGAUCUUUCACUGUUGACCUACAUGGAGGGGGCCACAGCCUUUGGGAUAUUCAGACUGUAGGACCCCUGGACCUACGUGGAUGUACUUGGAUUUAAAUCUACAGAGAACACUGUUAAAUAGACUGGAUCGAUUAUCAAACUAAUGGAUUCUGAUCUUCAUAGAGACCUUUCCUAAAAUAUAAUUUAUUAAAUCAGAUUUUUUUUUGUAUGGCAAUGAUGUGGAAGAUUGUUCUGUAUUUAUUAUUGUAAACGAUGUUGUAUGGCUGUGAAAUGAAACUUUGAUAUUUAAUCCUAAA